GCCCAGAGCCCGUCCACCACAGCAGUGUGACUGACAAGACUAGUUGCCGGAGAGUCUGAUCGUACUGCCAGGAAAUUCGCUCGUUUCUUAUCUGUGCUCAAGUCAAACUCAUCUUUAUUUAUUUAAACCGACCCAACCGCGCACUGAGUUUAUUUAUAUUUCAAUUGCGAAGAGCAGGUUCCCUCGUGCUUCAGCUUUUGUUGAGAAGUUCGCGUUUAUCGCGGCAUUGUUUGGGGCCGUACGCCGGUUUAUAUUAACUUGAGUUCAGCUUGAGAGUCGCGCUCGCUCUCUUUAUUCCCACGCGCGCACUUUGAAACAUCCUAACAGUUUCUCGCUUUUUUAUUUUAAUUUUUUUUUUUUUUCGCGAAAAUGGCCGCAACUACGUUUGAAAUGGACGGGAGUGUAAUGGAAGGGGGAGGACAGAUUCUGAGGGUGUCUGCGGCGCUGAGCUGCAUCCAAGGCGCGUCAAUCAAAAUAAAUAAAAUCCGAGCCGGCAGGAGCACACCGGGUUUGAGGCCUCAGCAUCUGUCAGGUCUCGAGCUGGUGAGGGACAUGUGCAGCGGCAAUCUGGAGGGAGCCACAGUGGGAUCCACGGAAAUUACGCAUACUCCUGGGAAAAUCAAGGGGGGGAAUCACAUCGCGGACACUCAUACGGCCGGAAGCGUGGGACUGCUGAUGCAGAUCUCGCUGCCGUGUGCCCUGUUCGCUCAGGGUCCGUCAGAGCUGUGCCUGAAGGGAGGAACCAAUGCUGAGAUGGCACCUCAGAUCGACUACACGCUGAAGGUCUUCAAACCGAUCGCGGAGAGAUUCGGGGUUCAGUUUGUCUGCGAUUUGAAAAUGAGAGGUUACUAUCCUAAGGGAGGAGGGGAGGUGGUGCUCAAGGUGAACCCUGUGAAGGAACUGAGUCCCAUCAACUUGACCGAAAGAGGAAACAUCACCAAGAUCUACGGCAGGGCCUUCGUGGCUGGAGUACUGCCCUUUAAGUUGGCGAAGGACAUGUCCACAGCGGCGGUCCGCACUAUCAGAAAAGAAAUUAAGGAUCUGUACAUCAACAUUCAGUCUUUGCAAGAGAAGGACAAGGCCUCCGGCAAUGGCAACGGGAUCAUAAUAAUUGCAGAAUCAUCCACCGGCUGCUUAUUUGCAGGAUCAUCUCUUGGCAAAAAAGGUGUAUAUGCUGAUAAAGUUGGCAUCGAGGCUGCAGAAAUGUUGCUCAGAAACAUCAGGCAUAAUGGUUGCGUGGACGAGUUUUUGCAAGACCAGCUUAUUAUUUUCAUGGCCUUGGCAAACGGCACAUCCAGAAUGCGAACGGGCCCGAUCACUCUCCACACACAAACAGCAAUCCACGUGGCUGAACAGCUCACGAACGCAAAAUUUGUUAUACACAAAUCAGAGGAUGAGCACGCUAAGGAUACCUACAUUAUCGAGUGCCAAGGAGUGGGUGCCACCAAUCCUAACUUGUGAACGCAUGGAUUCGUCGUCCCCGGCCGAGAUGAGGAGGACUUGUAGCAGAGACACACUACUAAUCUAACUGACCGGGUGACGCAAAGAUAACUUUAUUAUCUUUAUGUUCUUCACGAUUAACGAUUUUUUGCGCUGACCACCGAGUCUGUCCAUAUUUGGCCCUAUUGUGUCCCCUUCGGAAACUUUCGUUGUUACUCAGGGUAUUGCCUUACACUGUAAUGAAACGGACACUUUGAACUCUUCACGCAAUAUUCGCAGAAUCCUUACCGUUUUCGGGCAAAUUCGCUGUCCGCACGCUUACACAAGCUUUAAAGUUUCAUUAAACCCUUCCGAUACCGUUAACGAUAACAA